UUGCAUUGAAUUUGAUAUCAUCACCAUAACUGAUCCCCUCACUUGAUCCCAUUACCCACAUUCUGUCUCCCCAAGCACACAUCAAAGGCUCAUUUGCCCCGGAGAAUUGCCACAUUAGUUAUGGAGAUCUUAAUUUGCUUCCUCCUCUUUCUCGUUGCUCUUCUCUCAUUUCCUUUGCUAAGUAAACAGAAGAGGAAAAGCAAACACAGAGCUAAGCUCCCCCCUGGUUCAAUGGGUUGGCCUUUUGUAGGAGAGACCCUCCAACUCUAUUCUCAAGACCCAAAUGUCUUCUUUGCUACAAAGCACAAAAGAUAUGGAGAAAUAUUCAAAACCCACAUCCUUGGCUGCCCCUGCAUCAUGUUGGCCAGCCCCGAAGCUUCCCGGUUCGUGCUCGUAACUCAAGCUCACUUGUUCAAGCCUACAUAUCCCAAAAGCAAAGAGAAGCUCAUCGGCCCCUCUGCGCUGUUUUUUCACCAAGGAGACUGCCAUACUCGGCUCAGGAAGCUCGUCCAAUCCGCACUCUCUCCCGAAACCAUUCGCAAGUUCAUUCCGAGUAUCGAAGAAGUCGCAGUUUCCACCUUGGAGUCAUGGGCUAAUGGGCAGGUCAUCAACACCUUCCAUGAGCUGAAAAAGUUAUCUUUCCAUGUCGGCAUUCUUUCAGUUCUUGGUCACUUGGUCAGGAAUCACAAGGAAGAGUUGAGCAGAAACUACUACAUCCUGGACAAGGGUUAUAAUUCCUUUCCAACAAACAUUCCUGGAACUGCUUAUAGCAAAGCAAUCUUGGCUAGGAAAAGGCUUGGUGAGAUAAUAAGUGAGAUAGUUUAUGAUAGGAAGGAGAAGAAAUUGUUGGAGAAGGACCUCUUGGGUCAUAUGUUGAACUUCAAAGAUGAGAAGAAGAAGGGUUUAACCGAUAACCAAAUCGUCGAUAAUGUCAUCGGAGUACUAUUUGCCGCUCAGGACACAACGGCGAGUGCACUAACAUGGAUUCUCAAGUACCUCCAUGAUGACCAGAAACUUCUUGAAGCUGUGAAGGCAGAGCAGAAGGCAAUAUAUGACAAAAAUGAUGGAGGGAAGCAGCCCUUAACAUGGGCUCAGACUAAGAACAUGCCACUAACAUAUAGGGUUAUACUAGAGAGCCUGAGGAUGGCAAGCAUCAUAUCUUUCACCUUUAGGGAAGCAGUGGUCGAUGUUGAAUACAAAGGAUAUCUCAUUCCAAAAGGGUGGAAAGUGAUGCCAUUGUUCAGGAACAUUCAUCACAAUCCAGAAUUCUUCACAGAUCCUCAGAAAUUUGACCCAUCUAGAUUUGAGGUUGCUCCAAAGCCCAAUACUUUUAUGCCAUUUGGCAACGGCGUUCAUGCUUGUCCAGGAAAUGAGCUUGCCAAGUUGGAGAUGCUUGUUUUUGUCCAUCAUCUCGUGACCAAGUUUAGGUGGGAAGCGGUGGGAUCCCAAAGUGGGAUUCAGUAUGGUCCAUUCCCAGUCCCUCUGAAUGGACUCCCAGCCAGGUUUUGGAAACAACCCAGCUGCAAUCUGAACAGAACCAUCAAGCACUCUGCUCCUUAGCCCUUAACAUAAGAGAAGAUGCUUUCCCCAGUUACCUUCAAUUUUCCACUCUGACCCCAAUUAUCUAUGUAGAGCCCUUAAGUUUUAGGGGCCCCUGUCCUCCUCCUCUCUCUCUCUCUCUCUCUCUCUCUCUCAAAAAAGUAUAUGCACUAUGUUUUUUUCCAUUUUUAGAACUUGCAAUUUGUAACUUUGAUUUUGACAGUAAAUGGAAAGAGACUCGAAGAGCAUUAUGAAUGGCAAA